AUGCCUGAGUUCAAGAUCUCCGCUGCUCUGGAAGGUCACGGCGAUGAUGUCCGUGCCGUGGCCUUUCCUACCUCUAAAGCUGUCUUCUCUGCUUCUCGAGAUGCGACCGUUCGGCUUUGGAAGCUUGUCUCGAGCCCGCCUCCGACAUACGACUAUACUAUCGUCUCCCACGGUUCCGCAUUCAUCAACGCCCUAGCAUACUACCCCCCGACCCCAGACUUUCCUGAAGGAUUGGUAUUUUCUGGAGGCCAAGACACGAUCAUAGAAGCAAGACAACCCGGCAAGACGUCGAAUGACAAUGCGGAUGCUAUGCUGCUGGGCCAUGCUCAUACGGUCUGUGCACUCGAUGUGUGCCCAGAAGGUGGUUGGGUCGUCAGUGGAAGCUGGGAUUCUACGGCUCGUGUUUGGGGAGUUGGGAAAUGGGAAUCGGAAGUUGUGCUAGAGGAUCAUCAGGGCAGCGUUUGGGCAGUGCUGGCCUAUGAUAAGAACACAAUAAUCACAGGUUGCGCGGACAAUAUCAUUAGAGUAUUCAGCUCAUCCGGAAAGCUGUUGAAGAGCAUCAAGGAUUCUCGGGACGUCGUUCGGGCUCUCUGCAAACUGCCACCCUCGCACCCCACAGGUGCCCAAUUUGCCUCUGCAAGCAAUGACGGGGUAAUUAGGCUGUUCACACUGCAAGGAGAUCUUGUUGCAGAGCUUCAUGGUCAUGAGAGUUUUAUCUAUUCGCUGGCGGUUCUACCAUCCGGUGAGCUUGUCAGCUCUGGUGAGGAUCGGACAGUCCGGGUAUGGAAUGGCACGCAGUGUGUACAGACCAUCACCCACCCUGCAAUUUCAGUUUGGGGUGUCGCGGUUUGUGCCGAAAAUGGCGAUAUCGUGACCGGAGCAAGUGAUCGAGUAACACGGGUUUUCACCAGGUCUCCAGAGAGACAUGCGAGCGCGGAGGUAGUGCAACAAUUCGAGACGGCCGUCAAAGAGUCAGCAAUACCGGAGCAACAAGUCGGAAAGAUAAACAAGGAGAAGCUCCCUGGUCCAGAAUUCUUGCAACAAAAGUCUGGCACCAAGGACGGUCAAGUGCAGAUGAUCUGUGAAGCCAACGGCAGCGUUACCGCUCAUACAUGGUCUGCUGCUCUUGGAAGAUGGGAAUCGGUAGGGACUGUGGUGGACUCGGCCGGUAGCAGCGGGAGGAAGACCGAGUACUUGGGCCAGGAUUACGAUUUCGUUUUCGACGUUGACGUCGAGGAUGGCAAACCUCCUCUCAAACUACCCUAUAAUCUGUCGCAGAAUCCAUACGAAGCUGCGACCAAAUUUAUCGGUGACAACGAACUGCCGAUGAGUUAUCUUGACCAAGUCGCUCAGUUCAUCGUCCAAAAUACCCAAGGCGCAACCAUUGGUCAGACCAGCCAGGAACCUGCAGCAGGCGGCUCUGAUCCAUGGGGGCAAGAUAAACGCUAUCGACCUGGAGAUGCUUCUGCCCAGUCAGCAACCAUUCCAGAAUCACGGCCUAAAGUACUUCCGCAAAAGACAUAUCUAUCCAUCAAGACUGCGAACCUCAAAGUGAUUUCGAAGAAGCUAGGCGAACUCAAUGAUAAGCUUAUUUCAGAUGGCUCAAAGGAAUUGUCGCUCAGUCCUUCUGAGUUGGAAAUGGUGGUCUCUCUGUGCAAUGAGCUGGAAGCUUCUAACAGUCUGAAAGACUCGUCCGCCGUGGAGGCAGGCGUGAAUCUACUCUUCAAGGUUGCGACCGCUUGGCCAGCAGCGAAUAGGCUGCCCGGGCUUGACCUUCUCCGGUUAUUUGCUGCCGCCACCCCUGUGACGGCCACGGCAGAUUACAAUGGUAAAGACUUGGUCACUGCGAUUAUCGAGAGUGGGAUAUUCGACGCCCCGGUAAAUGUCAACAAUGCGAUGCUUUCCGUCCGAAUGCUCGCCAAUUUAUUCGAAACCGAUGCUGGCCGUGGCCUCGUUAUCGACCGCUUCGAUCAGGUUGUCGCUGCUGUCAAGACAUGUCUAGCAAACAGCGGAUCAUCCCCCAACCGCAAUCUUACUAUUGCAGUUGCGACUUUAUACAUCAAUAUUGCGGUAUAUUCGACGUCCGAAGCGAUGAACACAAGCGUCGAGUCUAGCCAACGGGGCCUGGUACUGCUGGAGGAGCUUACGCGAAUGCUUUCCAGUGAAAAGGACUCUGAAGCCGUCUAUCGCAGCCUUGUCGCCCUGGGUACUUUAGUCAAGGAGCUGGCGACUGAAGUGAAAGAGGCUGCGAAGGAGGUAUACGAUCUUGGAGCAAUUCUGCAGACCAUUUCAAGCUCGAACGUCGGAAAGGAGCCAAGAAUCAAGGGCAUAGUCGCGGAGAUCAAAGAAUCUCUGCUGUAG